AAAUUGGUUUUCGAAAUUUCUUGCCGACUUUAUAACGGGUAAAUAAAUUUGUUUAAUGUAUGAAUAGUUAAUAGUUAUUACUUAUUAAUUAAAUAUUUCUAAUUUACAGGCUUACAGCUGAUAGUUCUUAAUAGUUAACACUUAUUAAUUUGUUAUAAAUUAUAGUGCAAUUAUUUAUCUAUUGGAUAUUUUUUGAUAAAUAAUAUCCUAAAAAUAUGUACCUAGAUUUUUCUACUUAAACUUAAAAAGUUCAUCACUUGUAUAGUUUUAGUAUUUUUAUUGUAAUGUAGUGUAUUCAUUUAAUCUAGUUGUCUAUUUCAGCUCUCUUUACUUAUCAUUUCAAUCAAAUAUGGGUACUUAUCUCACAUUUCUAUUUUUUGGUACGUAUUUUUUGAAUUUUGCAUUCACCCAAGAUCCUUCUGGUUACAUAGCCUACUGUCCGUGUAUGGGCCGUUUUGGAAACCAAGCCGACCACUUUUUGGGAGCCAUUGGUUUUGCCAAAGCUUUAAAUCGCACGCUCUUAUUACCUCAUUGGAUUGAAUACCGCUAUGGCCAGCAGAAAUCUGUUCAAAUUCCAUUUGAUACAUACUUCAAGGUAGAUCCACUUUUAGAGUAUCACAGAGUCGAGUUAAUGAACGACUUUAUGACCAAAUAUUCGAAUGAUUUAUGGCCGCCAGCAAGUCGAACAUCAUUUUGUUACAUGCAAAGAGGUGAAUCGGAAGGAUGUAAUGCCAAAGCAGGAAACCCUUUUGAAUCAUUUUGGGAUACAUAUGGCAUUGAUUUUUCAUCUUCUGAAUUCUAUGCCCCACUGAACUAUGAUGUUUAUCAUCACGACAUGGUAACAAAAUGGCACGAGAAGUAUCCACCAUCUGAAUGGCCGGUAUUAGCAUUUGUUGGUGCUCCAGCAAGUUUUCCAAUUCAAAAAGAAAAUGUAGAGAUUCAUAAGUACUUAAAAUGGAAUGACGAAAUAAAUAGCUUAGCCAACUCUUUUAUAAAUAAUAGAAUUAAACCUGGAAAAUUUAUUGGUAUUCACUUGCGCAAUGGUAUUGAUUGGGUCAGGGCUUGUGAACAUAUCACCAAGAACUCUUUGUUGUUCUCAGCUCCCCAGUGCUUAGGCUACAGAAAUGAAUAUGGAAAAGCGUCAGAAGAAUUAUGCUAUCCAACUUUUGAAACAGUUGUGAAACAACUCAAAAGAAUCAUUCGAAAAUAUGGCAAAGACAUAAGUACUGUUUUUGUAGCAUCUGAUAAUAAUCAUCUAAUCCCUGAACUUUCACAUGCAUUAUCAAGUUUUAAUUUGAAUGCUGUAAAAUACGAUAGAGACAGUCCGCACAUAGAUCUUGCAAUAUUAGGAAAGGCAGAUUAUUUUAUUGGCAACUGUAUAUCUUCAUUCAGUGCUUUUGUUAAACGUGAGAGAGAUUCAAAUGGUCUACCUAGUGAAUUUUGGGCAUUUCCUGUUUAUCAAAAAAAUAACCAAAAGGAUGAAUUGUGAGUAAAAAUGAUUUGUUUACUUAUUCUUUUUAAUACAUUUAAAAAAA